AUGCCUCGCCGCUCGUACCGCCGCGCUCAAGCAGAGAACCUUGUGAAGGCAUAUACCAAGAUUCGCAAGUCAAGGGCAUCCUCUCAGGCUAAGAAGGUGCUUGCGCGAAGACAAGAGAUUUACGCACUGCGCCGAGCAGGCUUACAUCCUCAACCUCGGAGGUCAACAAGUUCAUCAUCAGACAGCAGUACCUCCUCCUCAUCCGACUUCGACUCCGAUACUAGCCAAUCCGAUGUGUCCACCGACUUCGAUUACUGGAGUGACAUCCUUGGGCAUGGAUGGCAAAAAUAUCGGGGAACUGUGAGCCCUGGUCACGACACAAGCUCGGAGGAGUUCUCAUCAGCCUCAUCUUUGAGCGAGUAUCUCCACAGCAGUGUACACCAGUGGGCCAUACCUAUGUCUUCGGAUAGUUCCACAUCGAUUUCAGAUGACAAUGCAGACCAGGAGACUGACAGCGAGGAUGAGGGUUAUGAUCCUAUCAAUGUGGAAGUCGCCAACAUUGCUCACGAAUACACAUCGACUCUCUCCGCUCACAUCCUGCAUGCCAUCGAAGAUAUGUACCGUCACCGAUAUACAGUUCCUUGUCAACGUCUUGCUCGAGGCCCAUCAAGACUUGUAUUCACUCUCACCGAGCUCAAACACAACCAACCUCAACAUUUCCGCCAGGAGCUUCGCAUCAACCCGACCACGUUCGACCUCCUUGUAUCGUCCAUCGAGAAUGAUGUAGUCUUCUCCAACAACUCGCAGAAUGCACAGAUCCCUGUUGAAAUCCAGGUGGCCAUUACGUUGUGGAGAUUGGGACAUAACGGCAAUGCCGCCAGUCUCCAGUCGGCUGCAAGCUGGGCUGGCGUCGGCAAGGGCACUGUCAGUUUGUGUACAAAGCGGGUCAUGGCAGCACUCCUUCAGCCGGAGUCAUCAGGAAAACCUUCCCAGCCAGAAUCUAUGCUAAAAAGUUUCAGAUAUUUUACACAAUUGUCUGUGGAUCACUCAAUAAUAAUAGUUCUGAUACUAUGA